UCAAAGGUUCCUGGAUCAAAGUCCUUCGUAGCUACAUCCUGAAAUUGUCUCUGUUCUGCGGGUGGACAGAGGAGAGAGCAGCAGUGUUUGAGUGGAGCUCAGCUGCAGUGGAGCAGAGGGCACGAGGAGUCUGGUCGUCAAAUCGUCGCCAGGCGAGUGAAGCUAACACAACGGAUCAUGUGUGCUGCGGCUCUGGAGGAGUACUGCGGGUCAGUCUUCUGGAAUGCGUCCUAUUUGGAGAGAGAGGACCCUGACCUCCCAGUAUGUCUGGAACAGACAGUUCUGGUCUGGAUCCCUCUGGGCUUCCUCUGGCUGAGCGCUCCAUGGAACCUCAUGUCUUUAUGUAAAAGAUCACAAGUGAAUACAAAACGUCGGACGAAGCUCUACCUCUGCAAACAGCUUGUCGUGUUUCUGCUGUUUCUGACGGCCAUUGGAGGCCUGAUUGUCACAUUAGUAGAAGACUUUGGUAGAAACAGCUCAGCAGAGAAAAAUUCUGCUGUACACUACACAAACCCAGUCCUCUUCGCUGUCACAUGGAUCCUCCUGGCGUUGUGUCAAGAAGGAGUGAGACGAAAAGAAAAAGCAGUAGACUCUGCUUCUCUUUUCCUUUUCUGGCUUCUCCUUGUCAUCUGUGACAUUUUCCCUUUCCAGACCCUCCUACGGGAAGCCCUUAGGCUGGGAGAGGUCAGAGAUGUCCCUCGUUUCUCUCUUUUCUACAUUUCCUUUGGUCUGGAGGUGAUAGCCCUCAUUCUCUCUGCUUUGGCUGACAUCUCUCCAGAGACAAAGGAGCUUGUGAAAAAGAAUCCAGAGGCUGGUGCAGCAUUUUUGAGUAGAAUCACUUUUAACUGGAUCAACAGCAUGGUGGUGAAAGGCUACAAAACCCCUCUGGUUCAGGAGGACAUGUGGGAGCUGAACGAGGUGGACAGCACCUCCUACAUCACCCAGCGUUUCAAUCAUCACAUGAAGUUUGAGUUGGGUAAAGCUCGGAUCCGAUUUCAAAAAGAGUUGAAGGAUAAACUGAUCAAAACUCAAGGCAAAUCUAUGGAAGCACCUUCUCACAGCAACGGUCUGGGGAAAGGUGUGAGUCAGGAUGUGCUGAUGAUGGAGGAAAAAGGAAAGAAAGACGAUGAAAAUAAUAAUAAGAAGAAGAAGAAACAGAAGGAGGACAUAAAUUAUCCAAAUUCAUGGCUGGUUACCACCAUCUACAAGACAUUUAAAUGGCUCCUGAUUGAAUCUGCCUUCUUCAAACUUCUGCAGGAUCUUCUGGCUUUUGCCAGUCCUCAACUCCUGAAGUUGAUGAUCUCCUUCACUCAGGACAAAACCAGCUAUGCCUGGGAAGGGUAUUUUUAUGCCGUGCUGCUGCUGGUGGUGGCUCUUCUGCAAUCAUUGUUCUUGCAGCAGUAUUUCCAACGAUGCUUCGUUCUGGGGAUGAAGGUUCGAACUGCCCUCAUGGCUGCGGUGUACAAGAAGGCGUUGGUGAUGUCUAACGACAACCGCAAAGAGUCAACGGUCGGAGAAACUGUGAACCUCAUGUCAGCAGACGCCCAGCGCUUCAACGACGUGACCAACUUCAUCCACCUGCUGUGGUCCUGCCCUCUGCAGAUCAUUGUGUCCAUCGUUUUCCUGUGGUUGGAGCUGGGACCGUCAACACUAGCUGGGCUGCUAGUAAUGGUGCUAAUGGUGCCAAUUAAUGGAUUUUUAGCAACCAAAGCCAGAAAUUUCCAGAUAGAAAACAUGAAGUUCAAAGACAAGAGAAUGAAGAUAAUGAACGAAAUGCUCAAUGGAAUCAAGAUUCUGAAGCUGUUUGCGUGGGAGCCGUCCUUCAUGGCUCAAGUUGAAGAUAUCAGAGGAGAAGAACUGAAGGUGAUGAGGAAGUUUGCCUAUCUCACGUCCGUCUCCACUUUCAUCUUCACCUGCGCCCCUGCUUUGGUUUCUCUGGCCACGUUUGCUGUGUUUGUUGGUGUGAGCUCAGACAACAUACUAACUGCCGAGAAAGCCUUCACUUCAAUCUCUCUGUUCAACAUCCUUCGAUUUCCUCUGGCCAUGCUUCCGAUGCUAAUUGCUUCCAUUGUGCAGACAACGGUGUCUAAAAAGAGGCUGGAGAAGUUUCUGGGAGGAGAUGAUCUUGACAGCGACAUCGUGCGUCAUGACCCGAGUUUUAAUUCUGCUAUCAACAUAUCAGACGGGUCCUUUGCUUGGGAAAAAGACUCUGAGCCUCUACUGAAAAAUGUGUCGCUGGAUAUCAAACCUGGUCGGCUGGUAGCCGUAGUGGGAGCUGUGGGCUCAGGGAAAUCAUCACUCAUGUCAGCCCUCCUAGGGGAGAUGCACAGCACCAAAGGCUUCAUCAACAUUCGGGGCUCUCUUGCAUUUGUACCACAGCAAGCCUGGAUCCAAAAUGCCACUCUGCGGGAUAACAUCUUGUUCGGCUCUCCCUAUGAAGAGCAGAGGUUCGAAGACAUACUGGAGGCGUGUGCUCUGGGCCCCGACCUCAAGCUGCUGUCUGCAGGAGAUCUCACUGAGAUCGGAGAAAAGGGUAUCAAUCUCUCAGGAGGACAGAAACAGCGUGUCAGCUUGGCCAGAGCAGCUUACAGUCAGGCUGAUAUUUUACUGUUGGAUGACCCCCUGUCUGCUGUUGACUCUCAUGUUGGAAAGCAUCUAUUUGAUAACGUUAUUGGACCUAAAGGAAUUCUAAAAAACAAGACUCGUGUCCUGGUGACUCACGGAAUCAGCUUCCUGCCUUACGUAGAUGAAGUAGUAGUUUUAGUAAACGGACAGGUUUCCGAGGUUGGUUCCUACCAGAGCCUUCGUGCUAGUAAAGGGGCUUUUUCAGACUUUUUGGACACAUACGCCAAAGAGCAAAGUAAUCAGACACAUUCAAAAGAAGAUGGUUACCAAGAUAUAGAAGACUUAGAAACCAUCCCUGAGAGAGAUGACGCUCAGGCAGACUCUCCUCCAGAGGACGCUGUUUCGUUCACACUGAAGAGAGAAAACAGCAUCCGUCGCAGCCAAAGAGGAACUGGGUCCAGUUUCAGACUAAGGAAAAACAGCACUUUAAAACCAACUGAAGAUAUUGGUGAGACAAAGAAAGGUCAAAAGCUAAUAGAAAAGGAGACUAUGGAAACGGGGAAGGUAAAAUUCUCAGUGUAUCUCCAAUACCUGAGGGCCAUGGGAUGGUGGUAUACUUUUUGGAUCAUCUUCAUUUACUUCAUCCAAAAUGUUGCAUUCAUUGGUCAAAACUUGUGGCUGAGUGACUGGACAAAUGAUGCAGCAGCUUACUAUAACAUCACAUACCCUUCCCAGAAGAGGGACACCAGGGUAGGAGUGUUUGGUGCUCUUGGACUGGCUCAAGGUAUUUUAGUGUUCCUUGGCACACUUCUCCUAGCCAAUGCCUCAGUCAACGCGUCUCGGAUUCUGCACUCAAGACUGCUAAACAACAUUCUCAGAGUGCCUAUGCUUUUCUUUGACACAACACCAAUUGGUAGAGUCGUUAACCGAUUUGCCAAGGACAUAUUCACAGUGGAUGAAGCCAUCCCUCAGUCGUUCCGCUCCUGGAUCUUGUGUCUACUAGGCGUACUGGGGACACUGUUUGUCAUCUGUCUGGCGACUCCGUUCUUCACCAUCAUCAUCGUUCCUCUGGCUGUGAUUUACUUUUUUGUGCAGCGAUUCUACGUAGCAACUUCACGACAGCUGCGCCGCCUGGACUCAGUGUCUCGCUCGCCUAUAUACUCUCACUUUGGUGAGACUGUGUCAGGUCUGUCUGUGAUAAGAGCCUACAACCAUCAGGAACGCUUCCUGAAACACAAUGAAGUAACUAUUGAUGAAAACCUGAAAAGCGUCUAUCCGUGGAUCGUGUCAAACAGAUGGCUGGCCAUCCGCCUGGAGUUUCUGGGAAACCUUGUGGUGUUUUUUGCUGCUCUUUUUGCUGUAAUAUCCAGGGACUCCCUUGAGAGUGGCCUGGUUGGUCUGUCCAUAUCAUAUGCCCUUAAUGUAACUCAAACCCUCAACUGGCUGGUAAGGAUGACCUCAGAGCUGGAGACUAAUAUUGUAGCUGUGGAGAGAGUCAGUGAAUACUCUGAGCUUGAGAAUGAGGCUCCCUGGGUGACUCAGGAUCGGCCUUCAGAGAAGUGGCCUGAAGCAGGAAGGCUGCAGUUUGUAGACUACAAGGUCCGCUACAGACCUGAACUGGACCUGGUCCUGAAAGGGAUUUCCUGUGACAUUGGCAGCACUGAGAAGAUCGGUAUAGUGGGCCGCACUGGAGCUGGAAAAUCGAGCCUGACAAACUGCCUGUUUCGCAUAAUUGAAGCAGCUGAUGGACAUAUCCUAAUUGAUGAUGUAGAUAUCUCUAAAAUUGGACUGCACGAUCUAAGAAACAGACUCACAAUCAUCCCACAGGAUCCAGUCUUGUUCUCUGGGACGCUGAGGAUGAACUUGGAUCCAUUUGACAAAUUCAGCGAUGAGGAGCUCUGGAGAGUGCUGGAGCUGUCUCAUCUGAAGGACUAUGUAGCUGGGCUGAAGGAAGAAUUACAGCAUGAGGUUGCAGAGGGAGGAGAAAACCUCAGUGUCGGUCAGAGGCAGCUGCUGUGUCUGGCUCGGGCUCUGCUGAGAAAGUCUCGGAUCCUGAUCCUGGAUGAGGCCACUGCAGCCGUUGACCUGGAGACAGAUGACCUGAUUCAGACUACGAUCCGCAAAGAGUUCUCCCACUGCACGGUGCUCACCAUCGCCCACCGUCUGCACAGCAUCAUGGACAGCUCCAGGGUGAUGGUCCUCGAUGCUGGUCAAAUUGUAGAAUUUGAUUCUCCAAGCAAUCUGAUGGAAAAGAGAGGCCAUUUCUACUCCAUGGCCAAAGAUGCUGGAAUAACAGCAGAAAGCCUAACAUCUCUCUAAUGAGAAGUGCUUUAACAUUUUUUUUUUUAGAUGCCUUAAUUUUCAGAAUUUCUUUUUUCUGGUUUUGUCCAAAAACCAUUAAGAAACAUUGCAAGAUGUGUUGUAUUUAUAGGAAACAAUUUGAAGAAAUGAUAUUGCACAUGUAUAUAAUUUUUAUAUGGGAACAAUAAACAUUCUUUCUGAA